CCGGCUAAUUCACCGAUUUAUAGAGUUCAAAAUGAGUACCGCCAAGUGGGAGAACGACGAGGAGAUCAAGAUCUUUCGCGAAUAUCUUCGCAUACCAACAGUUCAUCCGAAUGUGGAUUACACCGCCUGUACGGAAUUCUUGAAGCGCCAGGCCGCCAGCUUGGACCUGCCCGUGGAGGUUAUCUAUCCGGUGAACGAGCAGAAUCCCGUGGUGGUGCUGAAAUGGCAGGGAUCCCAGCCGGAACUGCCCUCCAUCAUCCUCAACUCGCACACGGAUGUGGUGCCCGUCUUCGCGGACAAGUGGACCCAUGAUCCCUUCAGCGCGGAUCUGGAUGCAGAGGGUCGAAUCUUCGCCAGGGGCUCUCAAGACAUGAAGUGCGUGGGCACCCAAUAUCUGGGAGCAGUACGUGCCCUGAAGGCCAGUGGCUAUCAGCCCAAGAGGACUAUAUAUUUGACCUUUGUUCCGGAUGAGGAGGUGGGCGGCCAUUUGGGCAUGAGGGAGCUGGUGAAGAGCGACUACUUCAAGAAGCUCAAUGUGGGAUUCAGCUUUGACGAGGGCAUCUCCAGCGCGGACGAUACCUACGCCCUUUACUACGCCGAGAGGACUCUAUGGCAUCUCCGUUUCAAGUUUAGUGGAACUGCUGGUCACGGAUCGCUGCUGCUGCCGAAUACAGCGGGCGAGAAACUUAACUAUGUGGUUGGAAAACUGAUGGAGUUCCGCAAAUCCCAAGUGCAGAAACUGGCCGACGACUCUUCCCUGGAAAUUGGCGAUGUGACCACUGUGAACCUGACCCAACUGAGGGGCGGAGUGCAGAGCAACGUGGUGCCGCCGCUGCUGGAGGCUGUCUUUGACAUCCGCAUUGCCGUCACCGUGGACAUUCCGGCCUUCGAGAAGCAGAUUCGCGACUGGUGCGAGGAGGCUGGCGGCGGCAUCGAGCUGGAGUUCGAGAUGAAGAACCCCUUUGUGGAGCCAACAAAGAUUGACUCGUCGAAUGCCUACUGGCUGGCCUUCAAGAAGGCUCUCGACGACCUUGGCCUCAAGACACGCGUACGAGUUUUCCCCGGCGCCACGGACAGUCGCUAUGUUCGCUACGCAGGCAUUCCGGCUCUGGGAUUCUCGCCCAUCAACAACACGCCCAUCCUGCUGCACGACCACGAUGAAUUCCUGAAGGCCGACACCUAUUUGCACGGCAUUGAGGUCUACAAGAAGCUCAUUCCCGCCGUAGCCGAUGCUUAGCGAACUGAAUUCCGUUUUAUUUUAACAAAAUUAUGCAUUUUAGACUGUUUUUACCAUGUUUGUUUCAAAAAAAC